AUGAAGGACGAAGAGGCGUCGACCGAGGCCGCCGCUAGUUUCUGGACCCAGGUGGACCCCGUGGAUGAUAACAGUUUGGCCGAUCUGCUCACGAAUGCCGAGACUAUGGUGAAAGCUCAGCAGAGGCAGCCGCCGAAAUGUGGGACGCGUCAGAAGAAGAAGGACAGCAAGGAAAAAGGGAGUGGCCUCAAGACUGGGAGAAAGGGAAAGACUGAGCGAAGCGGAGGGAAAGAGAUGGACAAAAAGGUCUCGUUCCGCCACAGAAAGAAGACGGUAAUGAAAGCCAGGGAGGAUGCCUUGGCCUGUUGCGUCUUGCUUACCCGUUUGGAGGAAAAAGGAGCCGUUGUUAAAGAGAAAAAUGCACCAAAGGUUCGGAAGCAAAAGAGUAUAAAAGUACAAAAGGGGCAGAGCGCCGUUCGAGCAGUGACCAAAUCCGAAGCCACCGAAGCUACCGCAGCCUCUCAGCAAACACUGGAACCAAAAAGCAACCGGGCCGGCGCCUCACUCGUGCUGCCGUCGUCCGUCACUGUGCCCAGGAGGAGGAGGAUGGCCUCUCUCAACGCCGAGGCCGUCAACAGCCUGCUGCUCUACAGAAACCGCUCCCUCAUGACUAGCCUCACAAAGAAGUGGCAUCCUCCCGGUGACGAUCCGAAGGGAGAUCUCCCCGACACCAAAAAGGGCUCAGCGGGAGGAAGCGCAGCCCCGCCAGAAAGGCCCAAAAAGAAGAAGCCGGACAUCGACUGGCUGAGCCUGCUGGCUCCGACCCCGCGGCGCCAGGCCGGCCUCACGGCUGCCGCGCUGCUCCGGCUGACCAGCGCCCAGUACGGAGGCAAACGGCAGAAAAAGACGGAGUCCAGGCCGGGGAACGGAGGCCGAGAGGCAGCCGCCCCGGACGACGGCAUCGGGGGCGAGCGGGAACAUGAGGGAGCCAAGACCAAAAACGGGACGCGUCCAAAACCAGGAGAGCAGCUCAGGCACAAAAAGGGAAGCGAAGAGCCAGAUCCCUCCCAGAUGAGCUGCGCCGUCCAGGGCUGCUGCGCUCCCUGCAAGGCGGAGGCCCCGGACCCCGACCGGAAGGGUCCGGCGGGGGGGCAGGGCCGUUUCAAGCGCGCCUUUCACUGCACCUCCCCUCUGGGGUUUUCCCUAAAAACAAUCAAGGAGGAGCAGGUGGAGGCGGAAGUGUCGUCCUGCUGCUGCUGCUGCUCCCAGGAGAGGUGUGUGGAGUACUGCCACAGACUGGCCCUCUUCCUGGAGGACAAGACCUGCAAGGAACCCGAGGACGGCUCUCAGUCCGAGGUGUUCCACCACCACCACCACCACCAUCACCACCACCACCACCACCACCAUCUGCAGCCCCCCCAUUCCGUGGCCCACUCGGCAGCCAUAGCCAUCAGCCCGCACACAUACACCUGCUUCCCCGGCUAUUACGUCCACUUCGGCCACCCAGAGAGCGGCCCCUCUCCCAUCCCGCCCCCCCUCGCUUUAUGCCCAAGGACCAGCAAGAGGCCCAAGCUGCUCCCCAGCACAGGCCCACCACCCUCAGGUAUUAGUCACCCGGUGUACUGCUGCACCUCCGUGGAGGCGUGCUAUGGAGAGCCCUGCAGGAUCAAGGGCUACUCUGCCUAUUCCAGUGUGAUUCCAGCCCUCAGAGGAGGGUGCCCCUUCAGCCCCACCGACUGCAGCACAUGCACGCCGGGCGUCAAAAGAGAUGAAUACCCAUCAACCCUCAAUGACCACCACAGCCCCUCCUCCAUUCCCAUUUGUCCAGCCCCCAGAAUCCUCACGGGCUGCCCCGUUUCCACUGUGCCUCCGGCCGGCCAAUCGGUGCCCCACAUUCAGACUCCGCUGUCCGACCCCAACCAGCCCCAGCCUCCGCCGCAGGUUGCGAAAGAGUGCCCGCAGAGUGCCAAGCCGCCCAGCGGGUCGCGGUCUGGUGCACGAGAGGGCUCCACCGGCUCCCCCCUGAGCAGAGACAAGAAGCAGAAGCUGAGCCUCGUGAGCGCCGGGGGCCACGGCGUUGCCAAGCAGCCAAAGAACAGCCGCCAGAAAUCCACCAACGGCUGGAGGCCAGUGGGCCUGCCCUUUGAGAAGGAGGUUUUCAUUGUGGGGGAGGAGAGCCCGGCGCCAAGGAAGUGUUACGAGGGAAUCCGCAGAGACGGCGACCUGAUUCGGGUCAGAGACACAGUCCUGUUGAAGUCCGGACCCAGAAAAAAGUCUCUGCCUUACGUGGCCAAGGUCUCGGCUCUGUGGGAGGACGUGGAGUCAGGAGAGCUGAUGAUGAGUUUGUUUUGGUACUACCGUCCAGAACACACACAGGGGGGUCGCAACCCCAGAGUGCAUUGCGAGAAUGAGAUCUUCGCAUCUCGUCACCAGGACGUGAACAGCGUGGCCUGUAUUGAAGACAAAUGCUAUGUCCUAACGCUGGCACAGUAUUGUCGAUUUUGUGCCUUGGUGAAGCGCUGUAGGGAGGGUGUGUGCGACAGUGCUGCCUCCCUGGUGGUGCCACCCGUCGUUGGCAGCACCAUGCCCACCCACCACUGUGUGCCCCCCGACGUGGACCCCGAGCUGGUGUACUUCUGUCGACACGUCUACGACUUCCGCUACGGACGCCUCCUGAAGAACCUGCAGUAG